CACUCCCGGGGGAUGAGAGGGAGCCCGUCGCUGCUCCCUGCUUCAUGUCCUACCUGCAGCUUACGGAGUCCUAAAGCUUGGGUCUUUAGUCCUAUGAAGUAUGAAUACGGAAUCGUACAUAUCGAGCCUUUAGGACAACGGCUCCGAGGCAAAACGUCUCCAGGUCCCGCACUGCUCCGUUCGAGGGCAUUCCUAUAUAUCUCGUCACCCUUUAACCGACCAGGACGAUAAACCCCAAUUAUAUAUGGCGGAUUUGUCCAUCUCUCAAGUGCUUUGCUAUUCGCCCUUUUCUUUGACUUGACUUCCAGUUAAUGCUUGAACUGUUCGGCAAGCUAUGGAAGCCAAAGGCCCCGCCUUCCCUCUGGGGGAGGACACGCGCCCCCGCCCUUGGAGCCUGUGGUCUUCGGGGUCGACUUCGUCUCCCCGCCUCAGUUUGAAUAAGUCACGGAGGGACUCGUGUUCGGGUUCAUCAACAACCACAAGCUCGUCCUCUACUUGGUUCACGAAUCCCCCAGGCCCCAUAUCCUGUGUUACUCGACACACCUCUCGCGAUGAGUGUGCACUGCACCGCUUCCUUGUCUGGGCAGCCGUCCAGCGAAAUGCCUGUUCCAAAAUGUCACCCAGUGAGAGACUGGAGUGUCCGUUGCUUCGAUGUAGAAAGCCAUCCCCAGACCACGAGUCGAUGCUCAAGCACCUCUAUACCUGCGACCUACUUUCCACAGGCGAGUAUUGGUGCUACGAUUGCGGAAAGCCAGAGAAGUUUACCGAUCGCAAGUGCAAACGCUGCCUGGGUCACCCAGGCAAGCGCCGCAAGAUCAUCAAGAUUGCGAAGAACUUCUUCACCAACCUUGGGUUGAAGCCGAGAAAAGAUGGGACUCCGAGUCUGAACCAAGACGAUACGGCCCUGCCCAUCAGCUACUUGGUCCCGCACCCCGAGCAAUUCGAGCUGUCUUCCUGCGGCGAGGUAGUUGAACUCGACUCGCAUGAGAUCCCACCGGCUCUUUCGUCGUCUUAUCUGUAUGCUUCUGCCACCACGACGGUUCAACCGCACCCUCAGCGUUCCGAGCAAUGUCACCUCGUCCACCAACGACUCUCCGAUAUUACUUCCGGCACAGUGGUCGCUUCCCCCCAUUCACAAUUUCUAGAUCCCUAUACCGGGAUGGGCCAUUUGCACGCUAUGCCAGACACGUUCUUGUCGUGGGGACUUGAUCCGGAAGUUGUUGGCGCGGGAGACAUUAGAGGCACCAGUGGCAAUAUCGACAUCUCGGCUGAGCCUCUAGAACACACUAUGUAUCAGGAACGGCCAACGCUGCAACUGAACACAGACAGCCUGGUGCAGCCUACCUGGGGUCAGCAGCAUUCGAACUGUCGAAGCAAAAAGCUAUCCCCCCAGUCAUCUGUACGAUCCAACGCUAGCAUCAGCACAACGUUGAGCCAUGAACUUUCGCCGACCUCCGCUUUUAGCAGCAGUUGGUCCCUGGCCUCCGGCUUCGAAACCGGCUUAACUUCGCCGACCUCAGAUUCGGCAAGCGACGGAGGUUUCCUAUCCAGGGGCGGCUCGAAUGCCAGUCGUCAAAGUCGUUUUGUGUGCGAGACCAUAUCCGAACUACCUGCGGACCUCCCUGUUGCAGGCCCUCUUUCCCAGAGUCUUCCGGAGAAGCCGUGCCCGGACAGCCAGCUAACCUCGACCCAAUCUUGCCCGUCAACAACCCCGCCGAACCCACCCGCACCACAAAACAUUACGUUCAAACACAGCAACGGCCCCGGGAUCACCUCUCAUAGCGAUAGACCGAGCCGGUCUUCUUCCGCAAAUCCUGAGUCCUUUGUCGAUUCUGCCUGGGAGACACUACAAGCCCACGUCCGCUCGUCCAUUGAGAAAAUACGACAUCUAUCCCACAAUCCACUGGCUUGCCGGCUUCAGUCGCUAGGACCCGCGGCAAUCGCAAAAGCCGGCCUCACCACUCUGAAGGCCAUUCUCCAGGGCCAGUACCCGGCAGUACCGCUCGAUAUCCUCUGCUUUGUUCAUGUCACCUACGCUCUCUCGCUCAUCAUACACGAAGACGAUGCCCGAAGUCGUGCGAAGGGCUUGUUCGUCCAAGCCUGUUUGUAUGGCGAUAGGGUACCGAUAGGGGUUCGUGAAUCCUAUCUGGAAGUCGCAGCUGCCGUGUGGUAUCCUUCAGAUUUGUCACAGACCGAACUGGACAACAUGCUGCUAGGGCGAUAUAGCGUAACUACGACACGAGAAGGAAGCUCCAAGGGCAAAGAACAGGCGCUGCCCUCGACGAAACAACUAAUCGAUAUGGAUGAGUUUGCCGAAAUAGCACGAUUCUUUCUAGAUGAGCUCGAAUACGUCGCCCUGUCCUGUAAGGCAUCGGAGUCGAUUCUCGUCCAAACAUCGGCCUUAUGGACUCAACACUGGCAAGACUCGAACAUCAAUGCGGAUGCACAAAUUAAUCCCGGCUUCUCUGUCACCCUCGCAUUCGUGGUGUCCAGUUUAAGGGAGCUGUUUCCACGGUCCAAUCGCCUGGCGUCUAGAUUGAAAAGAGUUCAAAAUCGAGUCGGGGCUGGAGAAAUCCAGAGUGUGAGAACGGUAGAGCUUGAGUUGAUGCAGGCAGGCAAAGGGUCUUUAUCCACAGACGAGUACUUCAACCGCUACGUGCCAAACGUGAGGCAACACUGCGAAAGCCUAUAUACUCAGCCUUUGCCAGGCUUCGUGCCCCGUAUGAUUUACCACUCGCAUUGCAUCGAGCUGAUGGAAAUCAUCAUCUCGACUCGUUGCACCAAUAAUGAACCAGGCCAAGUUGGCACCGAGAAGGCAGAAAAAGGAGACGACGAGUCGUUAGAUGAAGUUUUUACCUCCAUCACGGCUGAUCUAAGCGACUGCUCACUUGAAACACUCCUGGCACCUAACCUCCUUACGAUGACCGAGCCAAUGAUCGGUAUAGCAUCGACUAUGGAUCCUUUGGCAUUACUAAAUUCAGCAGCAGCUUCUCAGUCCCCCGACGCAGUACGUGGUGAGAAAACAGAUGAAAUGGUGUUGAACAGCCAUAAGUCAUGUGGAGAUACAGAAAUGGAGAUGCCGCAAGACACUGCUGCACCCUCCGAGCCCACAGAAAAAGCAGAGAGCUCGGCGGAAAAGGUCGAAUCUUCCGAGUGCUGCGAGAUUUGUGGCUUCAGGCCCAAGGGCCACCCCCGUUGGUUCCGUGGCAGCAUGGCCAAGCACAAGAAGCUGCAGCACGCGACCACGCCAGCGAAGAUGUAUAGAUGCCCGUUCCCGGGGUGUACGAGCCAAUAUCGGAACCGCCCGGACAAUCUUCGUCAACACCAGCUGGAUAAGGGGCACUUUGUGGAUGGAGAGGAGGGCCGAAGGCCGAGCAAGAGGAAGAAGGUCGAACAACACAACUAGAGGCGUGGAGCUGGUGGGAAUGAAAGCACUCUCGGCGAGAGCCUUGCUUAACGAAUGGUAUGGAAAUCGACAUGGCUGCUGGACUCGUCGCAGUCAGGCUAUCUGGAGUUGCACAUGGUUGAGUUGGUGAAUGAUAGCUAUAUACCCCGGUUGGUCUUUGUUGAUUUUGUUUAGGAGUUGAGGCAAGCGGGAUGUGUACGAUAAGUCACUAAGCUCCUUUUUCUUUGGAGCAUCACAUAUAUAUCAUAAUAUAUCAGAGCGAGCCCUUGGCUUUGCAGGAGGUUUAAGGUCAGGCAUGCGUUGAUUUUACGGAGUUACAUA